AGCAGAGUACCCGAUUUGCUCUUGCCGUCCAGGUUGCUAUUUUAAAACAAGCAUAUCUCACCCACCUACAUUGGCUUCAUAAUCCAAACCAUGCGCCGCAUCGCGCCCUACUACCCCGCUGAGGUCCUGGACCCUCUUCAUUUGUCUCACCCUACUGCCACCACCACCAACACCACCACAAGCGGCAGCAACGGCAGCAACGGCGGCAGCAAUACGACUUGGGCCACUCCUGACUGCCUCCCCAUCUUCGGUGUCGGCGUACCGCGUGUGCGAUCCGGCGACACCAUUGGGGAUCCGAACCAUGUCGUUGAAGAAGGCCGCACGUUCCACGGCUACAAGGACGGCAAGUACCUGCUCCCCAACGAUGGUCGCGAACAGGAUCGGCUCGAUCUGCAACACGCCCUCUGGGGUCUGGUCAUGGGCGGCGCCUUGUUCUGGGCGCCCUUAACCCGCGAGCCUACCAGUGUGCUCGACAUCGGCACCGGCACCGGUAUCUGGGCCCUCGAAUUCGCCCAGCUGCACCGCGGUGCCUACGUCAUCGGCACCGACCUGAGCCAAAUCCAGCCCGAUAGACACCUGCCCAAUUGCAGCUUUAUCCGCGAGGACGCCGAGGACAUGUGGGUAUUUGGGCGGUCUUUUGAUUACGUCCAUCUGCGUAUGAUGGCGUCGUGUUUCAGCGAGGCUUCCCAUCGCGAAAUUAUGCGCAAGUGCUUCGACAACCUCGAGCCUGGCGGCUGGGUCGAGUACCAGGACAUCCACGCCCACGUUGAGUCCAUCGAUGACAGUCUGCAGGGCACCGCCCUGCAGCGGUGGGUUGGUCUUGUGAAUGCCGGCGCUGCCGUCCAGGGCAAGGAUCUUUGGGUUGCCUCCAAGUACCGGGCCAUGCUGAUCGAGACAGGCUUUGUUGACGUGGAGGAGAGGGUCGUCUUGUGCCCGGGCAACAACUGGCCCGUGGAUGCGAGGCAGCGCCAGAUGGGAAAGUUCAUGGCUCAGGACAACAUGGAAAUUUUGCAGGGUAUUUCGCUGCGUACGCUGCGGAGGGGCUUAGGCAUGUCCCAGAUCGAGGUCGAAGUGCUUCUGGCCCAGGUCAGGGUCGACAUUAUGAACAAGAAUAUCCACUUUUAUUGGCCGUGCUAUGUGGUAUAUGGACGGAAACCGUACCCCUGGGAGAUGCAGCCGCAGGCUUUGUCACGGCAGAUGAGCGUGCAGCAGUUGUUGAACUAGAUCUAACCGACACCAGUACGGGCUAUUAGUCCCCCACGACAUGAUGACACGAUACGGGAAGGUAAUGCGCGAGACGUCUUUACUUUUCUCAACAAAUGCCUUGACCGACCCCUUCGGUCCAUUGGCGCUGCCAAUGCCAAUCCCACUCCAGUUGAAUCAAUACCACAGCUUGAAUCAACAAACCCAGCUGGAGUUGGGGACAGGUUGGCGUCUCAUAAGAAGACAUAUGUGGGCUACCUAGUAAUGCUAGGUAUAAAAGUGCGACGCCCCCAAAGGCAUGACGGAUUUCUUCGCCUAUGAUACUUCGAUAGUGGGCAGGCAAUGUGAGCACUUUGCUGCACGAUCAGUCUUGCCUUUCCUGUCGUCCUAGUUGAUCCAUGGGGUG